UUACCUGUUUCUCUCUUUCCAUCCGCAGUAUCACCCUCUGUCUCUGUGCAACACGAGCGAGGAUGAACGACAAGAGAGUGACUUCAUCACCAUUGUCAAACUGGAGCACAGGGUACCCCGCUGUCUGCCGCUGCUCGAUAAGGCUCGCAUGGCUCUGGAUAAAGGCGCUCAGGCUGUGAUCUUUGACGUCAGUGAUGAUGCCAACGCUGCUGCCGAGCUGCGAGAAACAGAUUCUCUCCCUCGUCCGGUCGUGCUGGUGGAGGCCGAGGAUGCCGAGGUGCUGAUGGGAUUGGUCAACAAGAACGAGGAGGCCAAAGUUCGCAUCGAGAUCCUGGUGGAGCCGUUGAGAUGGCCACAUUAUGAUGUGGGUAUCCUGCUCACCAUCGUCCUUGCUAUCCUGACCAUCGUGCUGAUCUUCGCUUUCCGCUACAAGUGCAAGUCCAACAGAACCUGGGACUCUGUCCAUCAGCAGACCAUGAGGGCCAUUAGUCGCUUGGAGACCAAAACCUACAACUCUCAAGGCUGCUCCAGCUCUCAGCGCCACCACGCGGCCGGGGGCUCGGCCAGCAGCUCCAACUCCAGCCCCGUCUGUGCGAUCUGCCUGGAAGAGUUCCAGGACGGCCAGCAUUUGAGGAUCAUCUCCUGUGCUCACGAGUUCCACAAAGACUGCGUGGACCCCUGGCUGCUGCAGCACCGCACCUGUCCCCUCUGCAUGCACAACAUCAUGGGUGAGGAGAAGCAUGUUUACAGGACGGAGCGGCAGCAGCAGAGGAGCAGACUCCAGCAGAGUCCAGAGCACCGCCAGAGUUUUCUGCACGCUCCAACCUACAGCAGCCCCCGCAACCACCCCUUUCCCCAGCACGCCAUCCCCUUCUCUUUGAGGCCGCUUUACCCUCGAGGACCCUCUGGACCCUACCCCUCUCUGGCCGGCUACACCAGCUCUUCUCCCAGAGACACACAGACUGUCCGUUUCCUCCCCAGCCGGCCGCUCGGCUCCAGCUGUGGGUACCACCUCCCUGCAGAGGGUCCUGGGAGGCCCUACAGGAUCGGAGCUAACUGCAGGACUUCCUCCCUCCACUACACCCCCCGGCGUACCUGCCGCAACUAUCGCUCCUCAUGUCCAGCUCAGCGCUGUGCGUCCAGCUCAAGACUGCCGAACUCAGCCUCCGCCACCCCGCAACCACGUGGGGCUCCUCCCCACAGCCGGCCGGACGAGGGCAGCUGCUCAGGGGGGAGCUACCACACCGAGCGCAGCGGGUACUUAGCUGACGGACCAGCAAGUGACUCAAGCUCAGGACCCUGUCACGGCUCCUCCAGUGACUCGGUUCUGAACUGUACUGACGUAUCCCUGCAGGGGGUUUACGGCAGCUGGUCCACCUUCCGUAGCUCUCUGAGCAGUGACUACGAUCCAUUUGUGUAUUACGGGCCCGGUCCUGGGCGAGCCCCCCGCAGGAACAGCUUGGAGGCCUGUGCCCAGGCCCGGCCCAGGUCUCUGGAUUCUGUGGUGAACAAAGCUGGAUGCCCCGAGGAGCAGCCACAAACUGUGUUCAGCCACAUCCACUACCACCGCCACAGACACCACCACUACGAGGAGGGGGAGCACAGCCAGGGCACGGGCAGGGGCUCAGACGAGGAGCAGGGAGCCGUCGCCGCCGCCGCCACCGCUGCUCCUCCUGCUCCUGCUGCUCCGGUCCUGGACAAAGACUCACCUGUGGGCCCUCCUAAGCACAGUCCCUGCCAGUGCCCAAAGCCAGACCCCACAGACAGGCCCAGUCCUGGGACAGACUGUCAGGACCAUGACCCCAGCAGCCCCUCAGGACCUCCUGUCCUCAUGUCCCCCAUCCCCUUGCAGCUUCAGCCCCACUGCUGCCACCAGGGACACGCACACCCUCCUGCUCCUCUGGGGCGGGUAGGGGGCUGUGUGUUGGACGGCCCCUCUGUCCGCUACCACCAGAGUCUGGACCUUCAGGAUGACCGUAGCAUCCACAUCCACUAUGGUCAGGGUCCUGGUUUCUGCUGCCCCCCUCCUGAGCUACCCCCCGUCCUGCUCCCUGUGCCCCUCAUACUGGACUCUGGAGGUAUGGAGGACUGGCCUUGCUGUGCUGGGGCCCACGUUGUGUGGCAAAAGCGGGUGCAGCAGGCUCGUUCUGAGCCUCAGCUCCUGGGGCCGGGGCCCUCUAUGGACAGACCCCCCUGCAGGUUUCACCACAGUCCUGCUAGUGAACGCAACACAGACAUUUGUUUGUACUGCCAAACCUUACACCACAAUCAGGGAUCAGAGGAGGAGUCUGGUGUGUGAAAACGUGUUUUUUUAAUUUCAUCCCCAUCAUCACGCUGCUACAGGAGCCAGAAUGGACAAGCCUCUCAAUGGCCGAUCGCUCUCAUGUCUUCCACGACUUUCUGUCAGAAAGAUUUCCCAGCAUCCCGCAGGAGUCGCACUCACACGCUGGAAGGUCCUUCGAGUUGAGCUUGGUUGAGUUCAUCCUUCACCAUCAAAACAAUUAUGAUCAUAUCAGGGGGAAAUGUCGGGGAAACGCUGAGCCCUCCAUAACACACAGUAACAUAAAAUACUGAUCGGUUGAAAUGUCCGGGAGUGGAAAUGACUCAAACGCCACAAAGGGGACGUCGUGUUUUUCCAAUAAUCAGUGAAAGCAACAACAUGAUUAGAAGCUCCCCGCUCCUCUGUGACACCUCAUGCAUGGUCUUGAGUUUGGGUGCUGAGCCCACAUGAAGUGAGACACCAUCUUUGCAUAGCCCCCACCCCCCUCCCCCCAUCACACAAUAACUUGAUUUAUCUCCGAGGUACUUAAAGCUUCAUUUGAUCUUCUAUCCAGCCUACCUCAGCUCAGAUUUCUUAACGUGCCUCACACACGGAGGCUUUAAAGGUACUGCUGUAGUGACUUAUUUUUAUUUUCUUGUUUUUGCCACAACAAUGUAGCUCCCAUAAACUCCCCAAACACAGUUCAAGCUGUCCACAAGGAGAGAAGAGAGAGAGAGAGAGAGAGAGG